CUUCCCUCGCUCUUUCGGGGGCCGACUGGAAGCGGAGGGCAGCAGCCGGGCUGAGGUCAGGAUGGAGGAGAAGAAGCAGUUUCUUUGCGGGGUGGUGGAAGGUUUCUAUGGGAGGCCAUGGACUAUGGACCAGAGGAAGGUUCUCUUCCAAUGGAUGCAAAACUGGGGGUUGAACACCUAUCUGUACGGCCCAAAAGAUGACCUGAAACACAGACUGCUGUGGCGAGAAGUCUACUCUCACGAAGAGGAGGGUCAUUUACGUACUCUCAUAAAAGAGGCCCAGUCGAGAGGCCUGAGGUUUGUUUACGCCCUCUCUCCUGGUCAGGACAUCGUCUUCUCUUCUUCCUGUGAUCUGACACUACUCAAACGCAAGCUGAGACAGGUAUCUGACCUGGGCUGCCAGGCAUUUGCCAUUCUGUUUGAUGACAUCGAUCACUCCAUGUGUCAGGCUGACAGCGAGGCCUUUUCUUCAUUCGCCCAUGCUCAGGUCACUGUAACUAAUGAGAUUUAUCGGUUCUUGGGGGAACCGCCCGUCUUCCUAUUCUGCCCUACAGAGUACUGUGGUUCUCUGUGUUCUCCCAGUGUAUCAAAGUCUCCCUACCUGCAGACUGUUGGAGAGGACCUGCUGCCCAACAUAACAGUGAUAUGGACAGGCAGUAAGGUCAUCUCCAGGAAGCUGUCUGUAGACUGCCUGGCUGAGGUGGAGUCUGUCCUCCAGCGCCCCCCGCUCAUCUGGGACAACCUGCACGCUAAUGACUACGACUCCAGGCGUCUCUUCCUGGGGCCUUUUAAGGGUCGAGAGCCUCAGCUGAGGAGCCACCUGCGAGGCCUGUUACUCAACCCCAACUGCGAGUUUGAAGCCAACUACAUCCCUCUGCAUUCACUGGGAAGCUGGUACAGAGCUGGGAAAGAGGAGAGGAAAGAUGAGGAGUUGGAAUACUGUCCUGACAGAGCUCUGUCUGCUGCACUACAAGAUUGGAUGGCAGAACUCAAUCAACCACUACAAGCAGGUCGGCAGAGCACGCGAGCAGAGCAGCGUUCCUCUGCUCAAACCACUUGCUCUAAAACUUCUGACAGAUCCGACUGCCCUUCCGGCUUCAGGGGAUCCUCUGCCGUGGCCAAGCUUCCCGUUUUCCCCCUGAACUCCAGCUCGCCACCAUCGUCACCGACUAAGCUCAAGGGGACGGAGACAGAGGGACGAGAGAGGGAGAAGAGGAGGUCAAACCAGCCUAGUCAACCCAAUCACCAACCUCAAGGAUCCAGGCCUGGCGCGCCGCCUGGCGGAGGGAGGGGACAGAAGGCCCAAAGUUCAGGGCUCUGUGGUGGGAAGGGCACACUAAGUGAGUCCCAGGUGCGGCUGCUGGUUGGUCUUUAUUACCUGCCCCAUGAGCACGGCCCAGCUGCCCAGAAACUGCUGCAGGACCUGACCUGGCUGAAAGCAAACUGCCACCUGGUCAGCGCUAACUGCAAGAAGACGCCACCUCAGAAGAUUGAUGAGUGGCGUGGCCGGUCCUCCAGGGUCCUGUCCCUGUGUGAAGACAUAGCACAGCUCCACUGCAGCGUGGUGGGUGGAGCAAACAGGGCCGUGCUCUAUGACCUUUACCCUUAUGUGUGGGACCUGAGGAACACGGCUCUGGUAGCAAAAGCAUUCAUAUGCUGGCUGGAUGGACGAGUGUUGAGUGACAGCUCCGCUAUGGGGACCUGGAGGAACUGCUUUCACUGGUGUGGGAAGGCUGCAGGGGCAGAUCUACUGGGAGUAGAGUCAGAACCAUGGGCAUUCAAAGGAGGCGUGUCUGGGGAGGUGCAGAUGCUUCUCCCAAUAGGCAGCAGCAGUGAACUCUUCACUCAUCCUCCUCCUCUCUUCCCUACCUCUCGUCUCUAUAACAUCAGGCCCUACCACAGCAAGGACAAGUUGGAGUUGUACCGGAUGGUGCGCCAACUCCACCUGAGGACUCAGGGUGGCCAAGAGUCCACUUCUGCUCACCCAGAUAUCAUUGGAGACAGAUGCCUUGGGCCGUGCCUGGCGUUGUGCCCAGAGUACUGUUUCAUCCUGGAGGAUGAGCUGGGUGUGUGUGGUUGUGUGCUAGGCAUCGUGGAUGUCCGCUCGUUUGCGAAGCGGUGCCAGGCCAGCUGGAUGCCUGCCAUGAGGGACAAAUACCCACCCAAAGGGGGCAACACACACCCCAACACACAGGACUUGAUUCAGCUGAUGGAGGAGGACCAGGGAGAGUACCCAGACUCUCUCCUCUAUCACUUCCCAUCUCAGCUGCGACUGGACGCCCUGCCUGAGCUGGUGGACAUCAGUGUCAGCCGCACCCUGCUCACUGCCCUCCUCACUGCACUUAAAGCCAACGGUUCUCAGGGUGUGUUCUGCGAGGUGCAGCCAACUGACCGUCAGAGGCUGGAGUUCUUGACAAAACUGGGCUUCCUGGAGAUCCUCAGAGGAGAAGCAAGGAGCAGAGAGGGAGUGGUGCUGGGGAGGCUGCUCUGAAAAUAAACACACACUCACAUUGUCACACACAUACACCACCAGACACUUACACCUAUACAUAACCCAACACAGAAUGGCACUUACACACACAGAAGAGGGGAGAAACACAAUAUGUUUUGUACAACAGACAGGCGGCUAAGCUUUGCAAAGAAGCAGGAUGUGUAUUUUCUCCGUCAAGAGAGAAAACAUUCUCUAGGGGACAAUCUUGGAUUGCUUUGAGUCUUAUGGCAGAAUUAAUGAGGAUGAAUGUAGAGAUUUCUAAAGGAUUUACAAAAUAUCAAAAUAAGCUUUGAGUUUAAACCUUUACCAGAGCUGAGCUAAUCUUUCUCGGAUUCCACCCCUGGCUACGGAUGAAAAGAUUUAGUCAAGAUACAAAGAAGUCAGCGACAGAAUAGUUUAGGAUGGGAGCAGAGCAGUAGAUCAUGGCAGCUAUGUGUCAUUUACACGUUUCUUUGUGUUAAAGCUGCUUUAAUCAAUAUUUUAUAUUUUAUGUUAUCAGUGGAUCACAUGACUUCCUGUAUGUGGAAGAGGUCGCUGAGAAUUAUCAUCCAACCCACUCUUUGUAGCUUGAUACCAUACAGACAUGAGUGUUAUUGAUCUUCUAAUCCUACUCUCAGCUACAAUGAGAAUUUCCUAAAAUGUUAUUCCUUUAAAUAUACUACGUGGAAUUUUCAGAAAAAUCCCUGUUAUUAAUAACACAGGUGGCUAUUAGGGGAACUUCAGGCAGCAUAGCAUCAGUAGCUUGUGUGCGGGCACAAGUGAGCAUCCUGGGUACUGACCAGAACAGUGAUAUGAUCUAAUUAACUGGCAACAUGUUAUCAUGCUUGUGUGCAAUUGCUGUUAGCAAAUUAUUUUACCAGCUAAUGUGAUACGAAGUAACCAAAGCCAGAUCUAGCCACCUAGCUAAGUUAGAGCUAGCUGCCCCAAUUUAGCUGGGAAGUAAUCCUUAAUUAUCUUCUCUUUAUAUCGUUACAUAAUUUAUUGUUGGCUUAAAUCAACAUUGUUUGUCAUAAAUUACUAUUAUGGAUCGUGUUAGCAGGUGAAGUAAUUUAGCAAGUUUAGCAAGCCAACUAACACAUACACUCAGAUAGUCUUAUGCGAGCAAUAAUAUUGGUGUGCUAACAGGCUAGCUAGCAUGCAAGCCAGCAAGCUAAGGAGGAAAAAAGUCAAGUUUAGCUACUUUCCACUAACAAUUUGAAGCGUUAAGCUGCCACCGUGGAUCUUGUGCUCUGCUCCCUCUGCUUCGUUCGUCAAUAAUUUUGUUUCUUACAAGUUAGGAUGUUGUUUUCUUGCUUGUGUCCUGUUGGUUACAUAAAGUCUGCUAAUAGUAGACUGGACCCAGGCACAGCGUCACUGUUUACACUUAAUUAGUUUAGAUGAAUGUUUACAUGCAUGAAGAACAUGUGGCUGUUCACAAAGUAGGAUUACAUGUAUACUGACAUUGACAUAUGGCGGUGAUGUGGCGACUUUUCUCAGCUCUUAUAGCUAUAAAAUCGUAGGAAAAAACAACAAAAUGCAAGUGCAUGCACGCUAAAAUUCAAUAAAAAAACUAAAAAAAAACUAUAAUCAUCAAGUUUUUUGAAUUGUGCAUGGAAACAAAUCAUGCAGACAAAUAA